AUGAUAUUAGACUCAGCAGCUGGAGGAUCUUUCAUGGGGAAACCUAUUAAUGACUGCAUGAUUAUUUUGGAAAAUGUAGCCUCAAAUCACAGCCAAUACAGUGAAAGAGAAGUCACAGCAAGGAAAGGAACUCCGGGGCGAUAUGAAGUGAACAAUAUUGAGUUACUCUUAGCAAAAUUUGAUACUCUUAAUCAAAGAUUAGACAAGAUGGAAAAAGCUAAGGUUAAUUCAGUGGCUACAAAUCAAGUAUGUGACCUUUGUAGGGAACAAGGGCACACUGCAGUAGAUUGUACCUCAAUUUUUACUGGAGAAAAAGAAGAUACUACUGAACAGGUGGCAGCUUCUCAUAAUUUCUAUGACACUCCUCGAAGAGAGAAGAGUAAUCCAUAUUCCAACACAUACAACCCUGGUUGGAAGAAUCAUCCUAACUUUUCUUGGAAGAAUAACCCAGUUCAAGGAACUAGCAAUCAGCAACCUAAUUUCCGUCCGUCCAAUCACUUCAUUAAUGGGGAAGGAAAUCCAGUACAGACACCCUCAAUUCAACAAAGUGUUUCAAGAUUAGAAAACCUUAUGGAGAAUUUUGUCACUAAUCAAAAACAGACCAAUGAUUCAAUGGCAAAUUCUAUUCAAAACCUUGCUGUCAAGGUUGAGAAUAUUACUCUCCACAACAAGAUGCUGGAAAAUCAAAUUGCACAGUUGAUGCCUAGUUCAAACAAUUCUCCAGGUAAGUUCCCAGGUAAAACAGUUGCAAACCCAGCUGAAAAUGUUAAUGCUGUUACUUUAAGGAGUGGGAAGAAAUUAGACAGACCUGUGUCUAAUCAAAAUGAUAAUAUUGAGAUUGAUGAAGACGCUUCUCCUAUGGUUGAAAAACCUGAAAAAGAGAGAUUAGAAAAAGAAAAAGUAUCUUCAUCAAAGCCUCAAACUGUUUAUCGCCCUCCAAUUCCUUUUCCUCAAAGGUUAUUUUAA